UUAGCGGCAGUUCCUGCUUCGGUGAACUGACCAUAAGAGUACAUGACUUGAUCUGACCUGAAAGCUACAGGCUACAGCUAUUAUUGCAAUAUUAGAGACCAAGAGUGAGGAGAUGGAGAUAGGCGGGGGGGACAGAAUGAGUCAGGCAAUCCCAAGUAUGGCGUAAUUCAACAACAAUGCCGGAGCCGUCACCAACCCCAUAUCCUUAGGUUCUGAGAGGACGGAGAGAAAGUGGGGUUUUGUGAGGGUGGGAGAAAGUGAGGGAGAGGAGGUUAGUCCCAUCAGUCAGGAGGAGAAGGCGUGCAUUUGUGCGCUGCAUCGUUUGAUGUUCUCCCCGGUUUCUCUCCCCCCCACCCCGAACCUCCAGAGUAUAGCUUUUCCAGAAGCCGGGGUGGGCAAAUCAAAGCGACUAAGAGGACUCUUGUUUUGCGGGAGGAGUCGAGGUCGACUUAGUGUCUGGAAUCCUAACAGUGCGCGGCACACCGGUCAGCGGAGCCUCGCCGGUCACUUCGCUGUGGAUAAGUCACUCAGCGGGAGCCCCGCCGUUCGCCAAAGACGCGUCGCUUAUCUGCGUCCCGCACCGGCUCUCAAAGCUGCCCCACUGUCAUGAAUGAUUCAGUCAGUCAAUACAGGUGACUCCAGUGUCCCUCUUUUUUUAUUAGAUUUUUUAUUUCUGCUCGUUACUGAAGUCUUUUGAGAGUGGCAGCAAAAGACAGAAACUAGCAUUGUGCGCGCAGGAGGCGGGUGUCAGUGUCAAAGAUGCAGGUGGGUCGGUGCUGUGUGGCUUCCGGCGUUUGGUCUAUGUGGCUGCUCUUACUUUUCUCAACUCAAAACAUCGGGGCAAGUGGAGUUGGAGGCACUCACCAAAGCAUCCCCCCGUCCGUGGUGAAGCUCUGGGCCUCUGCAUUUGGUGGGGAGAUGAAGUCCAUCUCUGCAAAGUACUCUGGCUCCCAGCUUCUGCAAAAGAAAUACAAGGAGUUUGAGCGGGCGGUGAGGGUGGAGGAGAUUGAUGGGCUACGACUGGUGAAGAGGCUGGCUAAGAACAUGGAAGAAAUGUUUCACAAGAAAGCCCAGGCUAUGAAGGUAUACUGCAUCUACAUGCCUUUUAUCUCUGCCUUUGUCUCUUCUUGUCUCCAGUAUGAAUACUUCAAUGCUGUGCUGAUCAAUGAGGACGUAGAGCUUGGAGGAAAGUUUGUCCUGCAGCCCAACGAUCAUUUUAAUAACCGAUCAGUCAACCUCAGCCUCAGUGUGGUCCAGGUGCCCACCAACAUGUACAAUAAAGACUCUGCAAUUGUCAAUGGUGUGUUCUGGUCGGAGGCCCUGAACAAGGUGUUUGUGGAUAACUUUGAGAGGGAUCCUUCACUUAUAUGGCAAUACUUUGGCAGUGCUAAGGGCUUUUUUAGACAAUAUCCUGGAAUCAAAUGGAAGCCAGAUGACCACGGAGUUAUAGCUUUUGACUGUCGUAAUCGAAAGUGGUACAUCCAGGCAGCCACCUCUCCAAAGGAUGUGGUGAUCUUGGUGGAUGUCAGCGGCAGCAUGAAAGGCUUGAGACUUACCAUUGCCAGGCAGACGGUUUCCUCCAUUCUAGACACUCUUGGAGAUGAUGACUUUUUUAAUAUCAUUGCUUACAAUGAGGAACUGCAUUAUGUGGAGCCAUGUCUGAACGGAACCCUGGUUCAAGCAGAUGUCACCAACAAAGAUCAUUUCCGGGAGCACCUCGAUAAGCUGUUUGCUCAAGGCAUUGGUAUGUUGGACAUGGCUCUGACGGAGGCGUUCAAUCUUCUCGGUGAUUUUAAUAAGACUGGGAGGGGCAGUGAGUGUAGCCAGGCCAUUAUGCUGGUGACAGAUGGAGCAGUCGAUACAUACGAUACCAUCUUCGAGAAGUUUAACUGGCCAGAGAGGAAGGUUCGAAUAUUCCCCUACCUGAUUGGUCGGGAGUCAGCGUUUGCAGAUAAUUUAAAAUGGAUGGCGUGUGCUAACAAAGGCUACUUCACUCAAAUUUCUACGCUGGCCGAUGUUCAAGAGAACGUGAUGGAGUAUCUCCAUGUCCUGAGUCGUCCCAAAGUUAUUGACCGGGAGCAUGACACAGUGUGGACCGAGGCAUACAUUGACAGCACUCUCCCCCAAGCACAAAAGUCGGAUGAUGGUCAAGGUCCAGUCCUGAUGACAACAGUAGCAAUGCCAGUGUUCAGUACCAAGAAUGAGACUAGAAACAGAGGAAUCCUGCUUGGGGUGGUUGGGACAGACGUGCCAGUUUCUGAACUGCUCAAAACCAUUCCCAAAUAUAAGCUGGGUAUUCACGGCUAUGCCUUUGCAAUCACCAACAAUGGCUACAUCCUCACCCACCCAGACCUACGGCCACUUUAUGGCGAUGGCAAAAAGCGAAGGAAGCCGAACUACAGCAGUGUGGAUCUGUCUGAAGUGGAAUGGGAGGAUAAGGAUGACACGUUGAGAAAUGCCAUGGUCAACAGGAAGACUGGGACCUUCUCCAUGGAGGUGACAAAGAGUGUGGACAAGGGGAAACGUGUGCUGGUUUUACACAACGAUUACUACUACACAGAUAUUAAAGGCACUCCUUUCAGUCUAGGAGUUGCUCUUUCCAGAGGGCAUGGGAAAUAUUUCUUCAGAGGCAAUGUCACUGUGGAAGAAGGACUUCAUGACUUGGAGCAUCCUGAUGUUGCACUGGCUGACGAAUGGACAUACUGCAACACAGACGAGCACCCCAAGCAUCGCUACUUGUCUCAAAUAGAAGCAAUAAAAAUGUAUCUCAGUGGGCAGGAACCCCGUUUGCAUUGUGACAAGGAACUUAUCCAGGAAGUUCUCUUUGAUGCGGUUGUGACCGCUCCACUUGAAGCCUACUGGACCAGUCUUGUGCUCAAUAAGUCAGAAAACUCGGACAAAGGUGUGGAGAUUGCCUAUCUUGGCACAAGGACAGGGCUGUCCAGAAUUAAUCUAUUUGUGGUGCCUGAUGAACUCACAAACCUAGACUUCCUGACAGCUGAAGACAAAGAGGGAGUGUUUAAUGCUGAUCACUUUCCUCUAUGGUACAAGAGAGCAGCAGAACAAGUUCCUGGCACCUUUAUUUAUUCUCUGCCUUUCAACUCAGGUUCAGAAAACAGGAGUGUUGUAUUGGCCAGUACUGCCAUUCAGCUUCUGGAUGAGAGGAAAUCCCCCAUAGCUGCUGCUGUUGGCAUCCAGAUGAAGUUGGAGUUUUUCCAGAGAAAAUUUUGGACAGCCAGCAGACAGUGUGCAGCAUUAGAUGGGAAAUGCUCCAUAAGCUGUGAUGAUGAGAACAUUAACUGCUACCUCAUUGACAACAAUGGCUUCAUUCUUGUAGCAGAAGACUAUACACUGACUGGAAAUUUUUUUGGUGAAGCAGAAGGAGCUGUAAUGAAUAAGUUGCUGCAGAUGGGCUCUUUUAAACGUGUCACACUGUACGACUACCAGGCUCUUUGUUGGGUCCAUUCAGAGAGUAGCGACAGUGGACACACACUCCUGGAUCCUUACUUUGCUUUCUAUGCAGCGGUAAAGUGGAUCCUGACUGAGCUUGUCAUAUUCCUGGUUGAAUUCAAUUUAUACAGUUGGUGGAACUCUGAUCUCACAGUCAAAGCUCAAAGGGCAGGUCCGCAUAUGCAGGUGCCGUGUGACACAGAGUACCCUGCCUUCGUCUCAGAAAGAACAAUCAAGGAAAACAUGGGCAACAUCGACUGUGAUGGCUGCAUCAAGUCAUUUGUGAUUCAGCAGAUCCCCAGCAGUAACCUUUUUAUGGUUGUGGUGGACAACAAGUGUGACUGCAGCCAGUUUGGACCCAUCACCAUGGACCCCUUUGAAAUUAUGUAUAACGAAUCGCUCAAGUGUGAGAGACUGAAGAUGCAAAAAGACAGGAGGCGCCCAGAUACCUGUCACCCUUUUCAUCCAGAGGAGAAUUCAAUGGAAUGCGGAGGAGCUGGCAAUCUCACCACAUCGCUUAGUGCCACGCUGCUUUUAGCGCUCAUAGCAUUGUUCCUUAGGUGACCAAAGCUGGUCCUGACUCACCAUCCACAGCUUGACCUGGUUUGGCUUGGCUCGACGUUAUGAGGAAUUGCAACGAAGCCACAAAAAACUAUAUUUCUGUCCUGUAUGAAACUGUGCCCGAUUCAAACCCAUCACCAAUAUGAUCCCCAGCCCAGAGGUAUCACCUGUCAGGGUCAUGCAAUAAUAGAAAGAACUGUUCAAAGGAUAAUAUUAAGCCCACUAAGACAACUACAAUCAUUUGGAAAUAUCAUAGGAGCUACAUGGUAAAGAUAGUGGGAGAAAAUUGGUACAAAAUAUAACCUUAAAUGUGCUUUUUGACUCUAUGGCCCUUACCAAACCAGGAUUGGGGUUUCCUUCAGUUGUUUGAGAAACCAGGGGCAAGAACAAGUUCAGUGGUGAAAGUUCUGCCUUAGAAAAAAGCCCUGAAAGAUUUUUCAUUCCAAGUGUAGCUUUUGAUGAAGGGUGCUUAGCAUUUCUGGGAGGAUGCGAAUUUUCAACAUUAAUGUUGCCUUUUUUCUGUUGUGGUCGGUUUAAUGUGCAACACAAUUUGCACUUUUGACUUCCAAUAAUCGUAUUGCACGACGGAUAAAGGCUCACGGUAGAAAAAAUUACAACAUACCAGUAGAAGCUUAAAAACAAAACAAAAAAUCUAAGGCUAUACCCGCUGACAGUUGUACCAAAAUGUUCGGUCCUUCCAGGUUGUAGCGAAGGACUGGGGUCUGUAGCUGGGUUUGGAACUGGGCAUUACAGCCACGAAACACCCACAUGGACAGAGAUGGAUGCACUUUCCCCUGGCUUGUUCUGACUUUCCAUGGACUUUUUUGGAUUCUGAAGAUUAAAAAAUAUAUAUAUUCUAAAGAUGUUACAUGUGGCUGGGAUUGUUAUAUGAUGUUUGUCUAGUUAUCUUUUUUCCACAAUGAAAAAAAAAAUCUGUUACAAUAUCUACUGUAUAUGGAAAGAAAAAAAGGUUUAUUUAUAGUUCGCAAGUGGUACCCAUAAACUGUGACUCAGAGAUCCUCUGAUGUGAGUGGUUGUAAUAAUUAAGCUUUGCCUUAUAAAAAGAUAUCGUUCCUGUUUGUGUACUUUUGAAAUAAAAUAUUGUUUAAAAUGUU